CCAAUGCUGUCGUGUCGCUCCACAAAAAUUCACUAAUAUGAAAAACCACACUACGAAACAAAAUCAAAUGUUUAAAAUUACCAUUAAUCCUUGGGGCUAAUGAGUAUUUUUCAAUAAUUUCUGUCCUCGUAUGUAACAUCUAAUUCAACUUUUAAGAGAAUGGAGAUCUGCUUCCAGUUCAAGAUGUCUUCUGAAGAGUCUCUAAUGGAGCUCGGUUCCGGAAAUUUUGGGUGUUCACACUAUAGAAGGAGGUGCAAAAUUAGAACUCCAUGUUGUGAUGAGAUUUUUGAUUGCAGACAUUGCCAUAACGAAUCUAAGAACUCUAUGGAAGUUGAUCCCCAUCAUCGUCACGAUGUUCCUCGCCAUGAAUUGAAAAGGGUCAUCUGUUCCUUGUGUGCCACAGAACAAGAUGUUCAACAACACUGCAUUAAAUGCGGGGUUUGCAUGGGGAAGUAUUUUUGCUCCAAAUGCAAGUUUUUUGAUGAUGACGUUUCGAAGAAUCAAUACCAUUGCAAUGAAUGCGGUAUAUGCAGAACUGGUGGAGAGGAUAACUUUUUCCAUUGCAACAAAUGUGGUUGUUGCUAUUCAAACUUGUUGAAGGACUCACACAAAUGUGUGGAAAGAGCAAUGCACCAUAAUUGCCCAGUUUGCUUUGAGUUCCUAUUUGAUACAACGAGAGGCAUAACUGUUUUGCGUUGUGGACACAAUAUACAUUUGGAAUGUGUGAAGGAGAUGGAACGGCAUUUCCGAUAUUCUUGCCCAAUUUGCUCAAAAUCAUAUUGUGAUAUGUCCCGUGUGUGGGAAAAACUUGACCGAGAGGUUGCAUCAACACCCAUGCCUCAAAUGUAUGAUAACAAAAUGGUUUGGAUUCUCUGUAAUGACUGUGGGGAAGCAUCAGAAGUAAAUUUUCACGUCUUGGCACACAAAUGCCUAAAAUGUAAUUCCUACAAUACAAGGCAGACACGGGGAGGGCCUGCUUCAUGCUCACCAGGGAUUUCUCAGAUGAUGCGAUGAUUGGCUUCUUCAAUCAAACUUCAGUAACAGUACAAAAUCUACUUUAGUUUUUUUAUCAAUCGUUAACAAAAGUCCUCGGAUGAAGAAAGUGUACCUGAGACAGUAGGGGGAUAAGCUGGGGUAUUCGUUCCUUUAUUCUUUGACUGUCAUUUACCAACUUGUACACAUGCUUGUUCUAAUAGGUGCUCAAUCUUGAGUUUAAGUUUUUCAUUUUCUCGAAGUAUGCAGACCCCUUGUCAAAGGGCUUUAUCAAUACUACUACUACUACUAAUAAAAAGUUAUUUUUUCUUGAGA